CAGAUUCCAAGGAGGUGUCUGUCUGGAACAGUCUCGAAGCGGAGUGGAUAGGCCUGCGUUUUAGUGUAGUUAACAUCUCGCACUUUCAUUAUCGGGAUAAUUUCGAUAUAUUUAGAGAAGCGCGACGUAAUAACGUUCUGAAAAGCUUGGGAAUAAAUACAUAUUUGUGUUUCAAAUACUUAUCUUUCGUUGGUUAAAAAAUUCCCUCAUAGAUUUAUACAUUUUCAUAGAGUCGACAGUAUAAAUAUUUUGUUACAAAAUGACUUGGCUCGUACGUUUGGUUACUCUGGUAGUCGUUUUGUUGCUUUGGCGGGUCGAAGAAAUUGCAGAAGCUUGCAGUUGCUCCCCGGCGCAUCCUCAACAGGCUUUUUGCAAUGCAGACGUUGUGAUCAGGGCAAAGGUGGUUGGACAGAAAGUGGUUGACGCUGGUAAUGACAUCUACGGCAACACCAUCAAAAGGAUCAAGUAUGACAUCAAACAGAUCAAGAUGUUCAAAGGCCCUGACCGAGAUAUCGACGCCAUCUUCACUCCACCUUCCUCAGCCAUGUGUGGUGUGGCUCUGGAAACCAACGGCAAGAAGGAGUAUCUUUUUACAGGCAAACUGGAAAUGGAUGGCACCAUGCACGUCACACUUUGUGACUUCUCUGAGUCCUGGGAGGCCAUGAGUCCUACCCAGAAGAAGAGCUUGACUCAGCGCUACGAGAGUGGCUGCGGGUGCAAGAUAAUCCGCUGCACUUCCAUCCCAUGUGCAAUCAGCGCCCCGGAAGAGUGCCUGUGGACAGACUGGGUGAUGGAGAAGAACCAUAGUGGACCCCAGGCCAAACACUUUGCCUGUAUCAAGAGGAGCGAUGCUUCCUGUGCCUGGUACAGGGGGGAGGCACCACCCAAGAAGGAUUUCCUGGAUAUCGAAGACCCUUAAUCUCAACAGGCUGUCAACUCAAUGCUCAAAGAGAAUUUAGAUGCCUGCAAUAAAUAAUUCACGAAAUAAAUGAAAAAACAACGAUGUAAAGCUACAAAUCCAAAUAAUUUAAUUAAAUAAAGUAGUUAAUAUAAAACAAACUACAAAACCCAUAUUGACUGGUCAAGUUUUGAUAUCACAAUGAGAGAUUAGGUGAUAGGUUAAACAGCAAUCUUAUGAAAAAAGCACUUUCUGCCCCCCACCCCCUCCCAUUUUUUGGUGACUUUUGUGUUGCUUGGUUUUAAACUGGAACCGAAGUUGUUAUUGAUACCCAAAAGGGUGCUAUAAAAGCGUUGUAUAACUGCGUAGAUACUCAUUUGUAAAGAAGAGAGUCCUCUGUUCUUUACACUCUGUCCUCUUUCUAGCCAUUGCCCUAAAAACAACAAAUGGUUGAGUGACAGGGGAGAAUGUAAAUUAAUAUAAGCUCUACAACAACUAGCAGAUACAUUUUUAUCACUCUACACCAUUUUUGGGAUUCCUCUGUAAAUGUACUUUGCCUGAUUAUUUGUUUUGCAAGUAGAAGAGUGGACUAUGGACGGAGGACAGGGGUUUUAGUCAAAUCUAUUUAGAACCUCAACAGGAAAUUAUUCCCUCCCGAAUCAUCCUAAAGGUGUGGCAUACUCAGAAUGGUACCAUGUUGUAGAAGGUUUAGGAGAACAAAGAUGCUUCACUGAAAGGAAUCAUUUCAGCUCUGUUCACAGCAUUUAUAUCUCCAAUGUUCUACAAAGGUUGCCUGCUAAAAUUGGCCCUGGAAUAGUUUGGGUUUAAACCUGGGCUUAAAGCAUUGUUUUGUUCUUAACCAAAUUAAACAUUAUUCAGAUUCUGAUAAAUAUUAUUUUCUGGGGGGUUAUUUUUAAGUGGGAUGAAUAUUCUAUUAUUCUAAUGUACUAAACAGGAGUGGUCUAAAAAAAAAGUGCCACACUGGCCGAAGUCACUGUGUUUUAUUCACUAAAUGCUUCAUUAUUGGUAUUAUAUUUACUGGCUUUUUUGAUGUCUUACUAUGCACAAAAACCUUUGUUGAUUUCUCUGCUACAGAGAUUGUAAACCUGGCUGCUUAGUUUUACACAGUGCAAUGUUUAUAUGACUACACUUCCGUAUGCCCUUGAUACUUUUAAGUUUCUUUGAACAUUUAUUCAUAGUAGCUUUUAACUCAUUACGUGGAUAGAUCUAGUUCUGCACUUUGAACACAGUUGCUGCAAAAAAUAAAAAAAACGACGAAUGUCUGAAAAUAAGGGGAUUGAAUCCUCAUUUUUUUUGUUAUGUACGUUUUUGUAUUUUUUCAUUCUGGUAUAGUUUUAAUAUUUUGCUUUGGUUGAUUUGUUUAUGUCUCUUGGUGUAUUUCCUCUGUGUAUAACAUAGUUCAUUUAAAACAUUCUAUAUUCCCUGUUGCAGGUUUAUUCCAGGUUUUCUUUGUGGAAAACAUUUUUUGUGAAUAUUCUUAAAUUAGGAUUAUGGUAAAGUUCAUAUGUUUGGCACACUUUUCUGCUUUCUUUACAAUUUUAAUAAAGUUACAUCAUAAAACAGCUCAGACAGCAUUCCAUAAUUUUCGAUGAAAACUUGUAUCAGCUCACAGAGCUAAUGCCUAAGUUUUUAUCUUAGCCAGAUAAUAGUUUUGCGGUGCGUGGGACACCUGAGUUCAAACUGAGUUGGUCAGAGUAGCUUGUUCUCGAUCAAUCAAAGAAAGUAGAACAAUAUACACUGGUAACACCAUCUGGGUGAGAUGGUUUGCCAGAUUACACAACAUUCAAUUUCAUUUAACUUAUAUGAAAAUGUUACUUCAGGAUGGAAUACAUAUUUUGUCCUUGAGCACUGUAACUUAAAUACAGAUAGCUAAAUAUUGUGUUGUUGGUUAUCAUGAUCCUUACCAAAAGUGAUUGCAGUCAGAGUGCAGUAUACCUUUUCUGAUCAGUAUGUUGCUAAUACUGCAUCCAAAUAGUACAGUUGACUGAAGUUGCUGCACUUUUACUGCAGUUUCAAAACUGCAAUCUUUUCUGUAACGGGAGCCGUCCUCUACAAGAGGUGUAUCUAUAUUUACUGUACUAUUACUUAUGACAGAAAUGUGCAAAAUGUUAUACUCAUAAUAAUUGUGAUCAUUGAGAUGCCUUUGAGACAAAGAUACAGUAUCAUAGAACUACAUGUGUAUAUCCACAGUAGAAAAAUAAAUGUUCCUGUAAUGUACAUGAUAUACAUUCUGUAUUAGUUAGAGUCUCAUCUGGAACAGUAGAAUGAGAAUAAAUGUCCUGUGCUGGAUCCACAUGAGACUGUUGUGUAAAGAAGCAACUUUUUUAGCAUGCAUUUGACUCGUAUCAUUCAAAGUUUUAAACUGUAUGGUACCUUCAGACAAUGGACAGAUGAUACAAAUAAAAGUUAAGAUAUGCA